UUGGAAGCACAUGGUUCAUUGAGUGACAUGACUUUCUCAUUGUUUGUUUUUAAGUGGGUGUUUGCAGAGUGCUCCUAUUGGAAAUCACAGAGGGAAGAAAAAUCUUGUCCUGUCUGUGUGGGGGGAUGAAUCGUUGCUGUCUGAUGACUGUGUAAAUCCAUAUUAUGAUCCAAGUAGCUAUCAAACAUACAGUGAGCAAACUCAACAAAACCUGAGAAGAAUGAAUGAAGAUGUUAUAGACUAUGAUCUUCUCGAAGACCUCGUAUGUCAAAUUUAUGAUACUUACCCUGAGGGUUCAAUACUGGUUUUUUUACCUGGUGUUGCAGAAAUUCAUAUGCUGCUUGAUAGACUUAGCGCCUCAUAUCGGUUUGGGGGAGAGUCUUCUGAAUGGCUUCUUCCUUUACACUCAUCUAUAGCAUCUGAGGAUCAGAAGAAGGUGUUUCUAAGACCUCCUGAGAGCAUUCGUAAGGUUAUUAUUGCAACAAAUAUUGCAGAGACUAGUAUAACAAUAGAUGAUGUGGUUUAUGUGGUAGAUUGUGGAAAGCAUAAGGAAAAUCGCUUUAAUCCAAAAAAGAAAUUAUCAAGCAUGGUUGAAGAUUGGAUAUCACAAGCAAAUGCAAGGCAACGCAGAGGAAGAGCCGGACGUGUAAAGGCAGGAAUAUGCUUCUGUCUGUAUACACGCCAUCGAUAUGAAAAGCUCAUGCGACCUUAUCAGAUACCUGAGAUGCUGCGGAUGCCUUUGGUUGAACUAUGUUUACAAAUCAAGUUGCUUUCUCUAGGCAGCAUAAAUAUGUUCUUAUCCAAGGCCCUAGAACCUCCGAAGGAAGAGGCGAUCUCAUCAGCAAUUUCUUUGUUAUAUGAGGUGGGAGCAAUUGAAGGAGAUGAAGAGUUGACUCCUCUUGGGUAUCAUUUAGCAAAACUCCCCGUUGAUGUGCUGAUUGGAAAGAUGAUGUUGUAUGGCACUAUAUUUGGUUGUUUAUCACCAAUUCUCUCUAUUUCAGCCUUUUUGAGCUACAAAUCUCCAUUUGUUUACCCAAAAGAUGAGAGGCAAACUGUUGAAAGAGCCAAGCUGGCUCUUUUGGGUGAGAAACUUAGUGGCAAAACUGAUUCUUCUGAUGACAACUUGCAAUCUGACCAUCUGCUAAUGAUGGUUGCGUAUAAGAAAUGGGAGAAAGUUUUGCAUGAGAAUGGAGCUAAAGCAGCACAGAGAUUCUGCAGCUUAUAUUUCUUAAGCAAUUCAGUUAUGUACAUGAUAAGAGACAUGAGAUUACAAUUUGGAACAUUGCUAGCUGACAUUGGACUCAUUGAAAUGCCCAAUACUUUCCAGAUCUCAUGGAAAAGGAAAGAAAAACUUGAUAGUUGGCUCUCAGAUACAUUGCAACCGUUUAACGGGCAUGCAAAUCACAAUUUAAUUCUAAAGGCUAUACUAUGUGCUGGUCUAUAUCCCAAUGUAGCUGCGACAGUAGAUGGCAUUGCUUCAUCUGUUCUUGGAUCCAUAACCCAGUAUACUGGGCCCAAAUCAAAGAGUCAGCCGAUGUGGUUUGAUGGAAAAAGAGAAGUUCACAUUCACCCUUCUUCAAUCAACUCUAAUUUGAAAGCUCUACAAUAUCCAUUUCUUGUCUUCCUUGAAAAGGUAGAGACGAAUAAAGUUUUCCUGCGGGAUACUACCAUAGUCUCCCCUUAUUCCAUUUUGCUGUUUGGUGGUUCAAUAAAUGUACAACAUCAGGAGACGGGAGUAGAUAUUAGGUGGCAGAGAUGAGCAAAAGACAAGAUUGCGCGAGUUUUACUUUUUCCACUUCACCUAUAAUUGGGUUGCUCUUUGUUUACAACGAAUUAAACUCAUUUCUAGUUAGGUCAAUUUGGAUGCUGAUAUAAUUCUCAAGACUUGUAUGUUGUUGGCAAUAAAACAGGGUGGAACGAUCACUAUAGAUGGAUGGUUAAAAGUUAGGGCAGCUGCACAAACUGCUGUGCUCUUUAAAGAACUGCAGCUAACUCUCCGUGAUAUUCUCAAGGAUCUUAUUCAGAACCCACGGAGUGCAAGCACCAAGGCGAAAGAAGUUAUCAGCUCCAUAGUACAAUUGCUGUUGGAAGAAGAUAAACCAUCAAAAUGACUUUUCCAACCUUGUGUGACCAUUGAAGGAUCAUAGUGAGUUAAUUAUACUUGUCAGCCUUGAGCUCCAGGAUGGAGUUUUAGCCAUGCCAAACACAAGCCAAGUACGCUACCUUUUAUUCGUUAGUGUUUUAUUUCACGAAAAAAUAUUUAUCUGAUAUAGUCAAAAAACAAAAGUGAAAUGCUUUCUAGAAGGGCUCCAUCUGUGUACUGAAACUACAGCACAUUUUGUACAAAGAGCAAUAUACGGAGUAUUAAUGAUCAAACUAUUAGAGGCAGUCACCAGCUAAUAGUUAUUUUCCUAUACGCCCUCGGAAGUAAGAGAGAAGCCAAUUCAUGCUCAGUGGGGCGGGGAUGAUCUUUUGCAAGUUUUCCGCAUCCACAACCCGAUGAGCCCGACACUUUCUUUUGCUCUUUGAGCGAGCAUUACGCAUUGUCACCAUCUUAACGCAAUGGUACUCAAGUUACCAGUGCAGUGAUUUCCUAGCGAUGAGUUUUGUUCGGCGCAAUGGUUGCAACUUGUAACAGAUGACCAUUUCCUAUUUAUGUAUGAUUUUGCUUCCUCGUUAGAAGCAUGAGUAAUUUGCCUAAAUAGGACUAAAACAUAAUGACUUUCCCAAUAUAGGACCAUAUAUUUU